AUGAUAACAGAAACAUCUUUGCUGGAGCCGGAUACCAUCGACUUCGCUGCCGGGCUCGGCCCAAUGUUUCUCAAACUGCCCCGGGAGAUACGCGAUAUAAUCUUUGGGCGACUGCUUGCUUCCGGCCACACGGAGUUUCUGAGAGCCUCCAAGAUCUUGAGCAAGGAAGGAACGAGCCUGAUAUCCAAGCAUGGCAUUUAUCGCAUCAACAUCGCCUUUGGCAGCAAAGCCAACUGCCCCAAGGUCUCCCAGCCAGUGGCGGAUACGGUCCAGAACCUGCACCUUCGUGUGAACACGAGGGAUUAUCCAUUCUUUGGUCUCGGCACAUUCCCGGAGAAGAGAAUUGUGGAGAUGUUCGGCAACCGAUACCUCUGUCGCAAGUCUUGCAGCGUAUCUUUGGAGAUUCGCUAUUCCACUGAGUCUAUGAUUCCGCUCGACGUGCUUAACUUCUUGGGAACGGUUGGGGAAUUUGAGGACGUGACUUUGAGUAUCGAAACCGACUGGUUCGGCGGAAGCCCUUUCCCAGAUCGCCUGUUCGAAUGGCAGAUGCGUUUGAUGGAUACAGCUAGACAUGAGAGCUUCGACGACGCCCGUGAGUGUUUAGAGCCGGUCUUGGGCACUGCAUAUCGGGUAGAGCAGAAUGAGGGUGUUCAGUUGGUCUUCCAUCCACACUAUUCGGGUCAGGGCAAGGUGAGGGUAUCUCGGGCGAAAAGAGAUGCAUGUGGGAAGAGUGGAAGGAGAAAGAGAGUUGGGUUGCCAUGA